ACCCGGAAGUGGAAGAGCUUGAGGGGUCGCGGUGCUGCUUCGCUUGCUGAGUGCCGAAGGUGGGAGCGGGUCUGGCGGAGCCAAGAUGCCGUCGGAGCGGCAGCGCUGGGAGACCCUGGAGGCGCUGAAGCGCUCCAGCAAAGGGCAGCUGAGCUACUGCCAUGACUGGCCGCGGGGCGAGGAUAUUUUGGAAGGAUGCAAGCCCCCUCUGAAGCUGUCGUCUUAUUCUGGCUGGGUUCUGGCUCGAGUGAAUGCCCAGUCUAUACAGGAAACUCCUGUCUCCAGAAGUUCUACGCCUAAUGAAUCCACUCCCCUGAAAGACCAGCUGUCCUCUCUUGUAAAAACUGCUUCUCCUGCCAGCCAGCUAGGCUCCUCUCCACUUUCAUCUCCGGCACUGAGUGAAACAAAGACCGAUGAGAAUGUUAAUCUGCUGGAGACUAGCUACAAAGCCUGUCCUGUGGUGUUGCCAUCUAAAGUUACAGAGAUAGAAGGCUGCAUACGGAUGUAUGAGGAGGUUCACAGAUUAAAAGGAAAGGAGGGUCUCAGACAGCGGCAGGAGCAGCAAGAGCAGUUGGCAAAGGCAGUCUCUGACAUGGCAAAUGAACAGCUGAAGCGCUUUGAUGAGCUGAAGGAGUUAAAACAGCAUCAGGAAUACCAGGACCUGCAGGAAGUGAUGGAGAAAAGCUCCAAGGAAGCUCAAGGACAGCAGGAGAAGUUGAAAGAGGAGCAUCGACACAGAGCAAAGAUUUUAAACCUGAAGCUGUGUGAGGCUGAACAGCAGAGGCAACAUCAGGAGGAAAUGGAGCGCCUUCGGAAGGAGGAAGGCCAGGAAAGGUUGCGCCGCCUCUAUUCCAUCCAGGAAGAGGUGCUCCAGCUUAACCAGCAGAUUGAUCCCAAUUACAGGCACAAAGACUUGCCAAGGAUAGACUUCUCGGCAUACAGUAACCGUGGUAACCAGAUCUGUGGGCUCGUGUCAGGGCUCAUUCGCACCACCAGUGAGAGAGGAUUCCCUUCUCCUGUAGAUGUGGUCAACACUGAGCGAGUACUGCAGGAAAUGCGAGGGUUAAUUUCUAGCAUGCAGCAGGAAAUUGCUGCAGCAGUGGAGGAGAAAAAGAGGAGGGAUGAAGAAGAGGAGAGAGAGAGGCAGAAAGAGCUACAGAAAAAAGAGCAGCUGAAGGCUCAGGCUCCAGUCCCUGCUCAACAUCCGGGGGGGAAACAGCAGAAAGAAGCUUCCUUAGGACUUCAAACUAAAGCUGAGGAGAGCACAAUGCAGUGGUAUCAGGAGCUUCAGGACACUGCUGACCAGUGUGUUUCUUCCUUCAGUGGGAUUUCAGACUGCAAAGACAAUCAGGUGAAGAAGAUCAAGAUGGAUCUCCAGAAGGCAGCCACUAUCCCUGUGAGUCAAAUUUCUACCAUAGCAGGCUCUCAGUUGAGAGAGAUAUUUGACAAGAUCAAUAACCUGCUCUCUGGGAAGUCUGUGCAAUCUGGAGGGCGAAUGGUAUCAGUGACUCAGCAUCCACAGGGCCUGGAUUUUGUUUAUUACAAACUGGCAGAGAAAUUUGUGAAACAAGGAGAGGAAGAAGUGGCUUCUCACCAUGAAGCAGCUUUCCCAAUUGCUGUGGUAGCUUCAGGAAUCUGGGAGAUACACCCCAGGGUGGGAGACCUCAUCUUAGCUCACCUGCAUAAAAAGUGUCCCUAUUCUGUGCCAUUUUACCCUGCAUUCAAGGAGGGGACUUCAAUGGAAGAUUAUCAACGGACACUUGGUUACCAAGUUACAGAUUCUAAAGUAGAACAGCAAGAUAAUUUCCUUAAGCGGAUGUCUGGAAUGAUCCGUCUUUACGCUGCUAUUAUUCAACUCCGGUGGCCUUAUGGAAACAAACAGGGGACACACCCUCAUGGGCUGAAUCACGGAUGGCGCUGGCUCGCUCAGAUGCUGAACAUGGAGCCUCUGGCUGAUGUGACAGCUACCCUUCUCUUUGAUUUCUUAGAGGUGUCUGGCAAUGCUCUCAUGAAACAAUACCAGGUACAGUUCUGGAAAAUGAUGCUCCUUAUUCGAGAAGACUAUUUUCCCAGGAUUGAAGCAAUCACCAGCUCUGGACAAAUGGGUUCUUUAAUGCGAUUCAAGCAGUUUUUGGAGAAAUGUUUGCAGAAGCAGGAAAUACCUUUACCGAAAGGUUCUCUGCAGUCGUCUUUCUGGAGGUCAUGAGGCAGAUCCUUCCUAUUUUCAUCUUCACAGGAGUCCAGAGGAUUUCCUGGUCUGGCUUCCUGUUUCAUUUGGGGACAAAAUAAAUAAAAAAAUAAUAAUUUCUAUUGUGUUUUUAACAUAUGUGGUUGUUUUAUGUUGAACAGUGUUUCAGGAACCCUUCUUUGUCUAAUUUAUUUUGCAAAUUAUUUUAAACCAUUCUGUUAAGAUUUGAUUAACUUUGUAGAUGUUAUUGUGCAGUAAAUUAUGGAAUAUCAGAUGCUUCUUCAUGUCUUUACUGUGUUUUUUAAUAAGUGUCAAAUGUGUGGAAAGUAUCUGAAAGUUACACUGGACUCCAGAGUUUAUAGUAAGCAGUGACACUCGGGGAUUUCGCACACAAUUGACAGUCUGUCCAGGCUUUCACGUGAUGCCGUGGAAAUGGAAGUACUUCAAGGUUUUAUGGAACCUUAGUUAUACUGAGGUCAAAAUCUAAAAAAUUAAGCUUUAAAAAUCUAUUUUUGUAUUUCAUGUGUGCAGUUGUUUAAUUAUGUUGAUAUGGUUGCAUCCUGUGGAAAAAAAUGUUUAAAUUGCUAGCCUAAAAGUCCCCAAAAAUAGGUAGAGGUGGUUAGGCUUACAUGGCUGCUUUGAUUUCUGUUGAAUGUCACUCUGCUUUGAGAAACUCAGUAUUAUCUGGGGGGGAAAUGCUUUUCUCUGGGGAAGACCUCUUAAAAUGAACAACUUUUUAAAGUUUUAAAAACCUUGCUCUUCCCUUGCGAAAAUGUUUUUAUUUAUAUUGGACAGACUUGAUUUUUAUAAUUACAGUAGGUGAUACGUUGUUUGCUAAAGAACACUUCACUGAACAAAAAAAGCUUUGCAGCUUUGUGAGUAAGUAAAUAAAUUAAAUGUAAUAUUUUCACCAAGAGUUUCUAGAGAAAAUUCUGCAUUCAUGAUCCAUUGCAUGAACUGAAAGUUAGGGUUAGUCUAAAAAAUAAGCAUGGAAGAAUACUUAAGAGACCGUACAGAUACUUUGCUUUCAUGUGAACAGAAAAAGGAGUUUCCUUGGCUUGUUCCAGUAUGAACUGAAAGGUAACACAGACAUAUAUUUAAAAACAGCCUUUAUAAUUUUAACCAGUUUCUUUCUUAACAAAGAAUAUAUCAAUUUAACUGCAGAUUGUGUAUACAGUAAGGUGAUAAUUUUAUACUGUGCUAAUGUAAUGGAUUAUGAUGAAAAUAGUUCAUUUUAGAAACUUACUUGGAAAAAAUAUUCAUGCUUAAACGUUGCAAUGUUACUACUUCCUGUGGGUGCUUCGGAAGGUGAGCAAGUGAGGCUCUGAGAAUCUUUAUUGGGUCACUCCAUGGGGCAUAUGAUUAUGGUAAGUGAGAUUUGGAUGUGAUCUUUAACAUUUAGCUGAUGGUAUGCACUCCAUGACAUACCUUUCAAUGGCCUAUGUGAAAUCUGUUUAUCUAGUUCCUAGCUUCCAUGGCUCUGCACUUCAAAAAGCCCUUACCAUCCUCACAACUGGAUAGCAAAUUGAUGCUGACAGGGGAAAAAAUAAAUGAAUAGGGAAAUUAAAAUAACAUCUCCGGAGAGGUGGCAUACCCACAAAUAGCGUUGGGUAGUCUGGGAAAGCUACUGGCAUUGCAUGUUAUGUGUCUGUUUGAAUAAAUAGACCAGUAGCUUUUACUCCAGGCCCCUAUCCUUCCUGCAGCUUUUCCCACCACAUUCCUAAUAUGCUUCAGUCAUAUCCUGGAUGGGCCAUUUCAGAUGGGGAGAUAGUAACUUAGUUUGCAAACUUCUUUAUUUAGCCUCUCUGCUGAGAUUUAACCCUUUCUAGUGAGAGCUGACACCUGUAUUGAGGUUUUGUCCUAAUUGAAAAUGAAGCGGGACUGCACAGAACUCAUUUUAUAUGGUCUGUGUAACAGCUAUCAGAUGGUUGGCACUUACUCAUGGUUGACAUGGGCUGUAUUUGAAGCAGUGAGAAGUGAAAGUGUCUCUUGUUCCAGACUCCCCCGGCUUAUUCAGUCCUCUUGAUGCAAUCUUUAAUUCAGAAAUGGUAAAUAUAAAGGCUGUUCUUUGGUGAAGUUAUUUACUGACAGUGCUUAAGCUACAGUGUUUAAAAUAAUAUGCAUCUAAUAGCUGAAACUUUCUAGAAUUAAUUCUUCCAGGAAGUGGAAAAAGUGUCCUUGGCAUGCAAUCUAGUUUGAUUUUUUUCUUUUCUUUUUUUCUUUCUUUUCCUUUUCCUUUCCUUUUCUUUUCAGGAGGAGAUUUAAUAACUUAAUGCAUAGCUCAGUUUUACCAAACUUACCAAUAAACUCAGUUUUAUUUGUAGUCUUGUGGUAUUUAUCUUUUUAAAGCUGUUGCUUUUGGAGUCAAAUGAUCAUGUGAGAAUCUCAGAUUUCAUUAUUUUUAAUAGCAAGUUUCUACUUCUCAAAGUUACUGAGAAAUGCUUGGAAAAUGUGAUCCAUGUGUCUGAGAGGCUCAAACCAGAACACACAUAAAAAUUACUUAAUGUUUAUUAUUGAUUUGUAAGCCCAUUUCAUGGUUUUUGAGGCCUGACUUUGUAUGUGUUUGGCAAGACUGACAAUUGUUGUAGAAUAUUUUAAAGGAUAUUUUGGGGAGACUUUCAAAGGCAUAAAGAGCAGUUAUAUGCUCAAGUACUAUUAGUGCCUUGAUAAAUCUUAUUCAUUGCUUAUUUUUGCAUAGUUCUUUCUGUACAGAAUAAAUAAGAUUGUAUUUAAUGACAUUAUGAAUAUCUGACAGUUAUGAUGUUGUUUAGCCAUCUUGAAUCAAUUGUCUUUAUACUGUUGUAAAUAUUAAAGAUUUUAUUUAGCUAA